ACCACAUAUCUGUUUGUGUGUGUGUACCAUCUCUCUAUCUUAGAAAGAAAAGCAAAAUGGUGAGGGAAAUCAGUGGUGAGACUGAGAUACAGGCGCCGGCGGCCAAAGUUUGGGAGCUCUACGGCGGCCUUGAGUUGGCGAAAUUCAUUCCCAUUCACCUUCCAAGUCUCGUCCACAAAAUCGACGUGCUCGAAGGCGAUGGAGGCGAAGGAACUCUUCUCCAUCUCACUUUUGCACCUGGUUUAGGAGGUCCUGCAAGUUACAAAGAGAAGUUCGUGAAGAUAGAUAAUGAAAAGCGUAUAAAAAUAGCAGAAAUGGUUGAAGGAGGUUACCUGGAUUUUGGCUUCACUCUUUAUAGGUUUCGUGUGGAGAUUAUUGAGAAGAAUAACCAACACAGUUGCAUUGUAAAAUCUACUGUCCAAUAUGAAUUGAAGGAAGAAGCUGCUGCAAAUAUUUCAUUUGUUAGUGUUCAACCUUUGAUAGCCAUUGCUCAAGCUGUCAACAACUAUUUCCUCAAUACUUCUACUUCUCAUCAACAAGCCUAAAGAUAUAAUCAUGCAUAUAUAAUUAAUAUAAUUCCAUUUAUAUGAGUACUUAUUAUGUCGUAUUUCGGUAUCAUUGCAAAUAUAGCAAUUCGAUUUAAAGUAUUUGUAAAUAUAGCAUAAUGUAAAGAAAAUUACAAAUAUGACAAAAUUUAGAUAUUCUAUCAUUGAUAGACCAUAUCGUUGGUUGGAGUCUAUCAACGAUUGAAGUGUAUCUGCUGAUAUAUUUUCAAUUUAUCGAAAAUAUUGUAUUAUACA